GAGACCACACAGUGCAGCGGGUCAAACGUUGUUUAUGUAGGGGGACGGUAGUAAUCAGCGAUCGUGCUCUUCUUCAGAUGCGGUGUGCCCUUCCUCCCGGGUUGGCCGGAAACCGCACUCCCCGAGAUUGAUCCCGUUGUGUCCUGCAAAUUGAUCGAUCGGCGAUGACCUAAUUCUCGAGAUCCCUAGAUAUACGUGAUCCCUCGCGAAGGUGAUGACUCCGAGAUCCGCGAACACGCGCCACGCGAUCGAUUCGUGCACGCUGCAGCUCCACGCAUGGAAGCCCUUCCAACUGCAAACCCUCGCUGGCUCCGAUCCGUCGAAAUCAUACCCCUUUCGGUCCAAGAAGCCCUGCCUCUCCGAUCGCUCCACCGCCCCCUCAGCCGUCGUCGCCGCCGCCGCCGCCGGCCUCGAUCUCUCGCGGCUCAGCCUGCUCGACGAGCCCCCGCCGCCGCCACCGCCUCCGAGGCGGGAGGAGGGGCUCCAGUGGUUCGCUCGGAAGCGGCGGCGGCGUGGUUCGCGGUCGGUGUCGGGGCGGAGCUCCGAUCGCAGCGGGACCCGCCGCCGCGGCGGAGUCUCAGCCGCUUACGCCACCUGCUCUGACUUCCCGUUUGCGGCCGGUGGGACGGAUUCGAGCGGGGAGCUGUUCGUGAUUGGGGACGGGAGCUGGGGAUCGGAUGUUAGCGAGGCAGCCCGGAUGACGAGGAGGGAGGGUAGGGAGGUCGGCGGAGGAGGGGGAUUGGAAAGGGAGGGCUCUGCACUGGGGGCGCUUCAAGGCAUUGGGAGCGUAGUGGUUCUGGAAUCGCAGGGGAACGAGUCCGGCUAUGGGAGCGAGCCCGGCUAUAGGGGUGAUGGGGAGCUCGGCUAUGAUGAUGAGUUCGAGGACGAUGACGAUGAUGGGAAGCAGUUGUUCUGGGGUGAAGAGAUUGGAGACACUGAUCAGAUGGAAAUUGGCAACGAGACUAAAUUUGCAGAGCAGAAGGUCCACCAUCGAGGCAGGCGUAAAAAGCAUGAUUGGAGAAUAAUGGCUUCCUUGAGAUAACAAUCCAUGCGUCCUAUUCUCAUUUGCUAGAUAAUAUUUUGAAAUUAAUUUCAUGGUAAUAGUAAAGGUAUGAAGUACCCAAUGCCUAAGGCAACCAUCCACAUCGUCUAUUGCAGCUAGUUUUGUACUUCCGCCCAUCAGAACGAUCAGUAACUGUUCUUGUAUUGCAGAACUGUGCCUAAUCUAUGAAUGGUUGCUAUGGCAAGAUGACAAGAUCGUUGUCGUCUUUGCAGAUGAUAAAGCUCCUUGUAUCUUUUGAACUUUUUGGCUAUCAAACUUCAUAUUAAAUAUACCUUUUUUUACCUUUUGUAGAUCA